AUUUUAAACAGUGGAUCUUCGUUUAGCUCUUCUAGCACUAUAUUAGUUCAGUUUCUUCCACAAUAUCGUCGCGUGGAGGGUGCCUCAUUUUACUGCAAUUUUAAAAUUCGGAAUUGCCCCAUGAAGUUAUCAUUAGAUCAGUGCGCUACUAUUGACAAGGAAAUGGCCAAUGUUGCUGCAGUUGAGGUUUACGGGUGUGGUGGUGCAGAUGUCUUUGAUGACCAGCAAAAACAAAAAGAGCGUCAGAAACGCCAAGUAGAAAAAAACCAAAAGGUCCCGCUGCCGGGUAACUGGGACGACAAUCCUGACAAGUUUCUUUUGGAGCUGGGUGGCGUUUAUUCGACUGCAGAUCGUCGUGAAAUAUUUCGCCGCGAUGAAGAGGGGACAAAGUAG